GUUCACAAUGUGAGCACUGCACUGUAAGGAUCGACAAUUCUGUAUGAGAGAUUGCAUGGGUCUAGACUCGCCUAGUAUGGACUUUGCCAAUCAAAAAAAAAAUAAUACGUAUGCUGACAUGUACACGAAAAGCGUGUUAAGGACAUGCAGUUUUGACCUAUGUUAUUUAUACGAUCAUGAUUAUAAAUACAUGUAUGGGUGUUCACGUGCCUAUCAGUCAUGCUGUAUGGAAAGUCCCUAAUUCUAUUUUUAUCAACCUGUCUUUUCAAAACUUUUCGAAAGGUUGCAGAUAAAUUUUUCAUAUUACUCUGCUUGCAAAUUCUUUGUAUCAAGUGAACAUUAAAAAACACCAGUAUUAAUAACGAAUUCGAGUCGGAGAACAUUAUAACUGUGUGUACGUACCCUGUCGGGUACCCCAGAAGCAAUUUCACGUCUCUACGUCACGUUUACUCGUGGUGGACUUUGAACCUGUGUAGCUGUGGUUUAUCAUUUGCGCUGUGUCGUGUAUAUAUAUAUAUUUAAGCAGUAAAGAAGAGACAUAUCGCAGUCAUCCCUACGUUUAGAGAAACUGUACGACUAAUAAGUCUAUGUAUAGAAGAAGCAUUAUGGAACAAGAACAAGAACAGUUUGUCAGUCGCUUGUCCAGUCUCCCGGUGGUCAGCACCGCGGUCACUCAAGCAUGCAGUCUGUAUCAACGAACCAAGGAAAGCAACCAACUGUUCCGCACUUCACUGAAUCUGGCUGAAUCCAGCAUCAAGACUCUCUCAGAGACCUCCAAACCUUAUCUGGAAAAGUAUCAGCCUCAGUUGGACUCCGUGAAUAAGAUAGCUUGUGACCAGUUGGAGAAGCUUGAAGAGCGAUACCCAGUAAUCACCAAGCCUACCGAUGAGUUGGUGAAUGAUGGGAAGGAGGCCUGUCAUGUUGUUCUUAAACCGGCCAUUGACCGGGUGAACGCAGUGAGGCAAUACAGCAAUGACAAGUACAACCAGGGAAAAGAGCAGGUUGAUAGAGUGGUGCAGAUUGGGCAGAACACAGUGAGAACUGUAAAGGACAUCAGUAUGACCGUUGUGUCCAAGUCAAUGGAGACUACGUAUGGUCAGUAUGUGGCCGAUAAAAUGAAUGACGCCCUGACCAUCUCUGAGGACUACAUCAACAAGUACCUGCCAGAGGGGGAGGAAGAAGAGAAGGAAAAUGAAGCUGAGAAAGAGGAAGUAGAAAUGGACGAAUACCCCCAGGACCCCGUGUCCAGAGCCAAAACUCUGACCACUAAGGUCCGCAGGCGAAUGUAUAAACGGGCUGUCAAGGAAUUUAAGGGAAUUCAGCUCCGCAGCCAGGAAAACCUGCAGAAACUCAAUUUUACUGUUGACUUGAUUCAGUAUGCCAAGACAAACAUGGACACAGCCAAGGAGAAAUUGGGGGAGACUGUGGAAGCUGCCCAGAACAAAAUUUCCAGCACCUGGACAGAAAUCACGGCAGAGAACCCAGACCUGCCCGAUACAGUAGAGGGUAGAACUAUCGCGGUAGCUCGACACGUCAGUCAGCAGUUACAACAAAGUAUUACAAGAGUUACCUCCCUUCUGCCCGAUACCCUACAACCAACAGCUGUACAGGACCGAUUACGCGAUGCCCGCACGUUCACAGAGGAUUUGUAUCAGUCAUUUCAAAAGGUCGAGAAAUAUGAAGAUGUUCCUGCUUGGAUUUUGACCCAAACCAAGGAGAGAAUUGCCUAUCUUCAAGACACACUUAGUUACUUGACAGAGAAACUCCUCACUGGCCCCCUAAACUGGCUGGGUUGGAAAGGAAAAGGAGGAAAGGUGGAAGAAAAGUCGAUUGAUGUCGCGAUUGAGGACCUGAAUCUGGAGGAACCGGAAUACCAUCUGGACUGUAAUGGCCGGGUGCCAAACCUUGAAAACUGAUGACAAAGCAAUUAGUGAAUGAUUAAAUUGACAGAAAUCCAUAGAAUUCUUAAUUUAUACCAAUCAUCGUAUUUUAAUGUAUUGAUAAAGCAAACUGUUAAUUUAUACCAAUCAUCGUAUUUAAUGUACUGAGAUAGUGUGCUACCUUUCCUUGGCAUGAAUCCUUCACAGAUUCUAAAAUAAUAAUAUAAUUUUUUUUAAUGUCAUAUCAUUUAAUAGUAUACAGCCUUCGGGGGUGGGGGGCUUAAAAAAUAAGUAUUAGUUCUAGGUGUACUUUUUCGUUUCUGAUGCAUAGAAUUUCGAUGUAGUGCCUUUCAAAUUGUGUUUUCAUGCAAUCAGUUGUUAUGUCAACCAGUAAUGUUAUGCAAUUAAAAAACUAGUUUAUUUUUAAUUCUCUCUCUAUCAAUAUUGAUAUUGUUUGUUUAUCUGUUUCAUUAAAUGAAACUUAUAUUCUGUGCCUCAUGUACCAAAUUUACCGUGGUUUGAGCGAUUAAAUGUUUUAUAGUAUAAAACAAUAGUGAGUACAAAGUUUAUAUGGUUAGAAGGAAAAACUUUGCAUCUUAGUGUAUGUGUGGGACUGAUUUCAUUGAAUUUACCCAUAGUCUCUAUUGUUUUGUUCUUAAAAUGUUACAUGUGUAAAAUUUCGUUGCUUUGACGUGAAAAUCUUUUUUUCGAAUUCACUUUGUACACGUUUUCACCUGAAGUAUUGUUCGGAAUGUUGUUCCGUCUUCUCGGUGACGUUUUCAAGGAUAUGUUUUUCAUAUAUUUAUGAUAAUGCUAUAUGUGCAAUAAAUGUUUUUAAAAACAA